AUGACUGAUCCGGACGUCGCGGCAGCAACAUCAUCGGUUUCGGUGAAGUUGCCCGAGCUUUGGAAAACCGAUCCACAUAUGUGGUUUGCCCAGGCUGAAGCCCAAUUUAGCCUGGCGCAAGUCACCAAAGAUGAGACCAAAUUUUGGCAUAUUAUCGCUAAAAUUGAUCAAAGCGUCAUCUGUCAUGUAGCGGAUCUUGUUUCUACCCCGCCGGCAGACAGUAAAUACAAAGCAAUUAAGGACCGACUGAUUGCCCGCUUUGCAUUAUCUCCGCAAGCUCGGUUGGAGCAGCUUCUCAGUUCGUGCGAUCUAGGAGAUUUUCGUCCGACUCAUCUCCUUGCCCGGAUGAGUGAAAUCGCAACUGGCCUGAAUGUCGACGACAACCUAAUGAAAAUGCUCUUUUUGCAACGAAUGCCCGCCAACAUCAGGACAGUUUUGGCAAUCAGCGAUGGAAGUUUGGCAAAGCUUGCCGAAAUGGCCGACAAAAUGAUUGACUCCUCCAACAGCUGCGUUUCGGCGGUUUCCGUUUCUACAAGGGAGCAAAUGGCCGUAAACAGCGUUGAAACAACAGCCAAACCGUCGACCGAAUAUGCAUCAUUGAGGGAGGAAAUAGAGGUGCUCACAACUGAAAUGCGCGGAUUGAGUAAUAGACAGAGCAGGAGACGUGGUCGAUCCGCUUCCAGACCUAGGGCAGUAAACGAUUCGAUUUGUUGGUAUCAUCGUAAAUAUGGAGCAAACGCAGAACAUUGCCGCGAACCAUGCUCAUAUGACCGUACAAAAAACUAG